AUGGUUGAGCGUUUUGCAAAGUACAACCCGAUUGGCGGCGCCAUGUCGACUCCUCUCUCAACAUCUUCAACUGAUUUGACCGACUCUCCCGCCAAACCAAUUAAUCGCCGAAGGCACCAUGGCCGCUUGUUUUGGACCGAGAUCUGUUGGCGCUUGAUGGCGACUCUCAUCUUUAGCAUUGCUAUCACAAUCAUCCUUUACAGCUUCUCGCUAAAGGGCAUCCUUAGUCGUUGGGAGAAACGCUGGUCCAAUGCACUGGCCAUUUUGUUUUCGUCGCUGGUCAGCUUGAGCACGGGUUCGCUUCUGGGCUUGUUGGGCACCAUGCUUCGUUGGCCUUUGCUGGCACGCAAGCUGCACACACCAGUUGAUGUCGAUUUGAUUCUCGGAAUGUACAGUCCAACGGGGGCCCUUAGGCUCAUCUGGGUACAUACUGUUCAUAAGCGGAAGUGGUGUUUUACCACGGUGGUUGUUCUGGUUUACUUGCUCGCCAACAUCAUUGGUCAACUUAGCGUUGCUGCAUUUGGAUUGACCUUUGAUUUGAACCAGCAGCCAGGGAUAGAGUAUCCUGCCAGUAUAACCAAUUGGAACACAACCGACUGGUAUAAUGACACCAUGCUCCAGACCGCGGAUGAUGAAUAUGGGUUUCUUAGUCAAAAUCUCCGCCUUUCGAACGUGCCAGGUGGCGACUUUGAUUCAAAGAACAUAUCGACUUAUAAUGCGACGAACAUCAAUGGACAUGGCUUGAACCGUAUGAUUAAUGGGGAUAGAGUAACUUACUCGUACUACUUGAAAGAGUACCGCGGAGAAGAAGUUAACUCAUCCAAAACCAAUGUACUUCAUAGUUCAUCCAAAUGUAUUGGGGAAACUGUGUCGCGAUCUCCAGACGGUGAGAUGCAGAGAUAUCCCGGUGGGGAUACUACUGAUGAGACAUUCAUAACCGUUCUGAAAAAUAUUUUGAAUAUCUAUCAAGCAUCUCAAGAUGAUAUUAUAUGGACAGCUCCGCUGCAUUAUGGACGAUUGAAUGAAGGAUCAGAAUGUGCAAGAACAUACAUUUACACUGAAUCCUAUGAGGGUGAUGCAGGACGCAAUCGUAAUGUGUCGCUCUUCCAAUGCGAUACAUGUACUAGCCACAACACCAGCAUACCGGGACUCGGGCUACUCGAAUUAUCUCACAGCACCACGCACAACAUUUCAAAUCUUGUCCACCGAAUUAGUUCCUUUGACCGUGUGUGGGGACCAAUGGAGGAGGGCAGUCAUUAUACUGUCAGAGCCUACUCUGGCAUGAACAAGAACGAACACUUUGCAAACUACAUCAACGAGGUGGUUAAAGGUGGAUACGAAGAACUUUAUCCAGAACUUGGUAUUCCAACACAUGCCAAGCUGCAUGCUGCACACCUCGCGGCGCGUCUUCCUCUUCUCGCCGUCAUGGGAGCUGACAUCCAGCUGCCAAGGAUGACCCGAAUCCCAGGUGCAUCUGAGCGGCGAUUUGUAAAUGUCAGACUGAACGUCGACCUCAAGAAACCAAUCGAGGUUCUUGUGGGUAUUCUCGCAGGCCAGAUGCUGGCCAUCGCCGUUGUUGUUUUCUAUUGCAGGAAGGUGUUCAUACGGGACUAUGCAAGCCAUCUUUCUGUUGCCAGGUUGCUGAAAACGACCAUGGAGGGCGUGCAAGGCAUGAGUACACAUACCGGUGAGGAAAUUACCGAAUAUCUGGACAGCAAAGGACGACGGGGCUUUGGAGGUAGAUCUGUGCAACGAUGUCGAGAAUGA